GGGGGAAUAAAGGUGGUGGUGGGAGGGAGGAGAAGCAGCAUCUCGCUGCAUUUUAUGGAUUCCAUAUUGGAUGGAGGAGGGGUGUGCUGAAGGAGGGGCGCUGGAGGACCCUGCGAGUCGGAGCAGGGAGGUGGAAGGCAGAGUGAGGGAGACGGGUGGAGGUGAACCUGUGACUCACAUCGUCAUGGUGCUCAGCGGCGCCUGAUGCCCUCAGAGGACACAGGAGGUCCAGGAGACAGAGGAGAGGGAGGUGGGGGGGCGUGAUGGACAAGACGUGCCCUCGCUCAUCCGCCCGGGCUCCUGCUGCUUUUUCCUCUGGCUCCUCUCCGGCCCUCCUCAGUGAGGCUGCCUGCCUCCCUCCCUGAGCCACGCACAUGUGGGAUUUGCACCGGCAGCCCAUGAUGAUCUGAAGUGGACUUCGUUCAGCUGCGGGUGUGCUGUGCUCCUCUGCUUUAGGGUGUUCUUCAUAAAUCUUUAAAGACCUUCACCUUUUCACCACAGCUGCUCCUCACCUUCAUAAUGACGUGUAAUGCAGAACUGGUUUUUUUUUUUUUUUUGGAUCUGAAUGGAAUUUUUUUGUGCCGGUGAAGAGGACGGACUGAGCUACAUACGGACACAGCCUGUAAAAAUAAGCUCGAGUCACCCCCCAGGAUGGAGCUGGGUGUUUUAUAAAGAACAAAAGAGCCGAUUGGUUGGUCCUGGCAGAGAGCUCAAGGUUGUCAUUUUCAAAGGGAAAUGAGGAAGAGCGAAGACACCUGUGAGCCGGGUGAUGGAUGAAACCAAGAGCCCCUCUGCUGUUGAGUCUUCCACAAACAAACUUUCCCUCUCUGAGUUGUUCCGUCUGGAUUCAUUCAUCUGUGUGUCCACUGAAGCCUGAACACAUGAGUGGAGGCGGCGCCCUGCAGCAACGCACCACCUAUCUCAUCUCCCUCACCUUGGUGAAGGUAGAGGCCGUGGAGGAAGAUGGAGGGGAGGCCAGAAGAAGCUCUCAGGGGAAGGAGGUGGAGGUCGGACCGGAAGGAUGGCCGGAGGAGAAAGUCAAAGUGGAGGUCGAAGGUUCGGCUCCCAUCUGGGCUGAGAACGGGGCCGGAGCGUUCGCAGGACCACCACAGAGAGCUCAGGAUGCUGGAGCUGAGAGACAGGACGAACCCAAGGGUGGAGAGAGAAGAUCCCUCAGCUGUCUGAAAGACAAGAGAGUCUCUGAAGAUGCUGCAGGUAAAGAUGACGUCUCGGUCCCCUCACCUGCUGAGAAGACAACGAUCCAGAAGGCAAAGUCUGCAGACAUGGUGGAGGCAUCAGUCCCCGUCCCAUCGCACAUCAUGGCAUCCACAAAAGAGACAAUGGAGCCCAGCAGAACUCCCACCAGGACCAGUCUCCCCCUCCUUCUUGCCGGCCAGCGUCCUGUGAGUCUGCUGAAGUCCCACAGCAGCGUGGCCACCCGGGGCCGCAACUUCAGGGAGGGCCGGGAGCGCAGUCCUACCUCAGCCCAGAGCCUGGAUCGCAAGGACUGCCGCAUGGCAACACGCUCGCCGGGCCCCUGCAGGGCCUCCUGGGCAGAGGUGAGCCGGCCCGAGGACUGGAGGGACCUGCGGGACGAGGCUGACUUUGGAAUGCCGCUGGAGAUGGGAGGAGAUGUGGCCGCAGUGCUGAGAGACAUUCCCAGGAAGGACAGACUGAAAACGGGCUCCACCUCCCUGCCUGCACCUGCCACCCAGGUGCCCAAACCGGCACGCAAAGGCAAGAGCCGUACUCUGGAUAACAGUGACCUGAACAGCCUGUCGGAGGACCUGGGGCUCAGCAGAGAGGCCCAGCAGGCCCAGCAUGGCCAGAGAGGCUCCGCCAAGGACAGGAAGAUGCUCAAGUUCAUCAGUGGCAUUUUCAACAAGAGCAGCUCAGGAGUGGUGGGGCCGUCCUCCACCACACUGCCCGUCUACAUCCAGAGAGAUUCCAGCGAGGAGGAAGUAAGCCUGGCCAACAGUCAGGAGUGGACUCUGAGCAGAUCUAUCCCAGAGMUGAGACUGGGCAUUCUGGGAAGUCUUAAAAGCGGCAAGUCAGCGCUGGUGAACAAAUACAUCACAGGCAGUUACGCUGCAAUCGAGAAACCCGACGGAGGAAGGUAUAAAAAGGAAGUGCUGGUGGACGGACAGAGUCAUUUACUACUGAUCCGGGAGGAGGCUGGGCCACCUGAUGCUCAGUUCUGCAGCUGGGUUGAUGCUGUGAUCCUGGUCUUCAGUCUGGAGAACGAGGCGAGUUUCCAGGAGCUGUACCAGCUCUACAGCCAGCUGUGUGCUCACCGCUCAGAUAUUCCAGUUAUCGUUGUUGGAACCCAAGAUAAAAUCAGCAGCACCAACCCUCGCGUGAUUGAAGACCAGCGAGCCCGGCAGCUGUGCAUCGAUGUGCGCCACUCCCUGUUCUAUGAAACCUGCGCCACCUACGGCUUCAACGUGGACAGAGUCUUUUCAGAAGCUGCCCAGAAAAUUGUAGCUCAGAAGAAGCAGGCAGCUCUGCAGGCCUGUAAGUCCCUGCCCAACUCUCCCAGUCACUCCGGAGGCUCCACACCUGGAUCUGCAUCGUACCCUGGACAGGCCAUUAAUGGCCCCGGCAGCGGCUUCGUGUCCCUCCCCUCCACCCCUGUGGUGGGUCACAGAGAGCUGCGGGUGGCUCAGGUGGAGGGGGGCGGCAGCACCAACUCACGCCUGCAGAAAGGUAUUCCCAGGAGACCCUCCCUCUUUAAGAACCGGGACCCAGAUAAAAAAACUGGUGACUCUAAAGCCGACCUGAGCAGCACACGAGGUGUUCCAAUAAAACAGGGCACCCUGUGGAAGAGAAGUGGGAGCUCUCUGAAUAAGGAGUGGAAGAAGAAAUAUGUCACUCUGACCAACAAUGGCACCCUGUCUUAUCACUCCAGCUCCAGUUCCCUCAGCUGUGUCCGUCCACGCUGUCCGUGGUCGACGAUCGGCCCGGGGCUUUGUCUCCUCAGGGAGGUGAGAAAGGACUUCAGCGCUGCCCCUCCUCCUUGUCCACUAAAGCACAAAGUGUCGGUAAGUUCUCGCAGGUGACGAGCCUUUCGUACGACGAAGUAUUAGGACCAUACAAGAUUUUUAAAAAUUCUUAUUACGAGAUUAAAGUAGUAAUUUUACUAGAUUUACAUGUUACRUCAGAYGGCCUGGAAGGGACCACUGGUUCCKCGGCUGGGAAAGAUCCCAGCCAGUCCUCUCCGAUGAGCGACAGGAAGAAGAACAGGAGGAAGAAGAGCAUGAAUCAGAAAGGAGACGCAGCCGUUGGCCAAGCUGAGGCCAAACGCAAAAUGUGGAAAUUAAAGAGCUUUGGUAGCUUGAGAAACAUUAAUAAGACAGAUGAAGAGAAUUCAGACUUCAUCAUAGUUUCCUUCACUGGACAAACAUGGCACUUUGAGGCUCAGAGCCUGGAGGACAGGGACUCGUGGGUCUCGGCUAUAGAGAGCCAGAUCCUGGCCAGCCUGCAGUCCUGUGAGAGCGGCAGAAACAAGGCCCGCAGGAGCAGUCAGAGUGAGGCUGUGGCUCUGCAGGCUAUCAGGAACACCAAGGGCAACGGCCUGUGUGUGGACUGUGAAGCUCCAAAUCCCACCUGGGCCAGCCUGAACCUCGGAGCUCUCAUCUGCAUUGAGUGCUCAGGAAUCCACCGGAACCUGGGCACUCAUCUUUCCCGGGUCCGCUCACUGGACCUGGACGACUGGCCCGGGGAGCUCACGCAGGUCCUGGCCGCCAUCGGGAACCACAUGGCCAACAGCAUCUGGGAGAGCUGCACUCAGGGCCGGACCAAACCGACACCCAACGCGACCCGAGAGGAGCGGGAGUCCUGGAUCCGUGCGAAGUACGAGCAGCGUGCAUUUGUGGCACCUCUCCAGCCGGCCCCGGGGAUCAGGCCUUCGGAGGACCACAUGGCGGCGUGGCUGCUAUCGGCGGUGACUGACAGAGAUCUGCCCAAAUUGCUGCUGCUUCUGGCCCACAGCACCAAGGAGCAAAUCAACAGCCAGCCCGCUGGUUCGUCUUCGCUUCCCCGCACCGCUCUGCACGCCGCCUGCCAGCUGGGAGACGUCGUCAUGACCCAGCUGCUCGUCUGGUACGGAAUCGACGUGAAAGCAAAAGACGGCCAAGGCCAGACACCGAUAAUGAUUGCCAGAAAAACAGGGAGCAAAGGCUGCAUCGACAUUCUGCUCCAACACGGGGGUUCGAGCGAGGCUUCUCCCACCGCUGCCACCCCCGUCCUCUCCCGCCGCUCUAGCACUGCCAGCCUGGGUCGAACCAGCUCCAGGAAGCGGGUGUCGUAGCGCCGCUGCCAGCCGAAGGGACGCCCGCGGCCCACCACACUGACCUCCCGUCAAAAUGACAAGACUCCUGUUAAAUACAAAGAUCAAGCAUUGUUUGUGAAGACUGAACAACAUAUCACUCAACUUCAAAGCAAUAUUCCUGCAGUGAGCUGACGAGACGUAUUGCUGAAACACUGUAGCACUCUUCUGUCCCGCUCAGAGCAGACACUCUGCUUCUGCUUCACUUCCUGAUGAAGACGUGCAAUAACCCAGCUACCACCAAGAAAAGCAACAAGUUUAAUCACGAACUGUGUCAUUUCAACAGCCUCGACAGAGAGGGACAUUUUCAAUUCAUGUUUGUUGUGACUGGAGCAAAAUAGAUGUUUGUUUUGUUUGUUUCUUCCCCUUUUAGGCUUUCAAAAUAAAACCUAUGAAACGUCACGUCGUCAGUCAGUGUGCCUUUCAGUUUGGCCGAAAUAAGCAGUUUUUCUGUAACUAAUCAGCUGAUUUUUUUAAAAAACGGAUGGUUUGGAUCGUGAGCUGCAAUGAGUUCAUGUGAUCUGAAGUCCAAAUGUUUAAUAUUCUGUAUCUGUUCUACAUUCUGUGUGAGAAGUUUAACUCUGUAACAAAUACGCACCUGAAAAGAUGUUUUUUUUAAUGGUUUCUUACUGGUAGUUAUGAAAAUAUGUCCAGCUUGUUUUUAUUUAGUUGUGUUUUUAUAAUUUCUUAAAGCUCUACAUUCCAUAAAGCAGUGAAGACAUGAAACAUGGUGAGACUGGAGGGGCUUGAUUCUGCUGUGUGCACUGAUCCCAUGAGCUCACAGCUGCAGGGGCCACUGGAACGUCAGACACUCUGAACCGUGUCAAUUCCUCAUGAGUUAACAAAAUAAGUCAUUGGAAUGAAAUAAAACUCACUAGCGUUAACUUGA